UUGAUUUAUUAGUAGCUACAAAGUAAAUUCUCUCAUUUUUUAUAAAUCGUUUUAAAUCAAAUCAUUGAAUUAAUUAUAAAAAGCUCAUUUUACGUUCUUAAAAAGGCAAAAAAGUAGUAAUACUUGCAACAACAUUAUACGACAACUAUCGGACUAUUGGUGAAAGAAUUGAGUUUAUUGAGUUCUCUGGUGUGUACAAAAAAUGCUGUAUAACUCAGUACAAAUAUUCAACUGAGGUGGUAAUUGGGCAUGAUUGAAGCAGUGGUCAGGCGGCGGUCACCAGACAACAUCGUCUAUGGCCGAGCCAGCUAGUCUAUCGCGUGCCGCGUCUGUGUCGGGGCCCGAGGUGGUCCCCGCCCCUUCACGACACCGAAUUCAGACCAAAAAAAGUGAAAGCGAUAGUAAUAGAAAACGUUCUUCAAAUAAUAUAUCAAAGCAAUCAGAGGAAGAUAAUAUAUCAAUUUUAAGUCCACCCCCAAACAAACGCACACGCAGAUUACCAGGUAUUAAUAGGGCGACUGCCACGGCUACGUCAGGGCAAUCGGAGCAUCGGGGCCGCGGCAAAGGCCGGCCCCCUGCCUCCGAUACAUCAUUGGUAAAUAGGUGUAAUACAGAUACAGAAACAAAUACAAACGCAAACGGUAAACUCAAUAGUACUGAAUUACAAUUACGGAGUUCAAGGUCGUCGUGCAGUUCUCGUUCAAAUAGUCUUAAUUCAACUACAACGGAAGAAAAUUAUUUAAUCAGUAAAUCUCCAUAUUCAACACGUCGAAACGAAAAUAAAGCAUUCAAGAAAAAUCUUACUCCCAGAAAUUCUCCAUCGCGAGAUACUGGAACAGUAAAGAAAAAUAUAAAUAUUGCCAAAACGAAUUCGUUAUCGUCAUUAACAAAAUCAAAAAAUAAAUCAAGUAGUCUUUUGGAAACGGCUACUUCAAACUGGGACAAUUUAGCGGAUAAACAACGCAGGGACAGUAAAUCGAGUAAAGCUCGAAAACGUGAAGAUAGUUCAUCGACUUCACUCAAACAGAAUUUAACAUAUCCAACGGACAAUUCUGGAACACAUAAAUACACAUUACGUAGUCAAGUAAAAUUAUCAAGUAGUGAACCAACUGGUUUAGUAUCACGCUUAAGUCAAUUAGGACGACGAGCUGUUUCUACCAAGAAAAAAACCAAGGCCAAUAUAGAGAUCAAAACCAGUCCAAAAACAGUUGACGAAGAACCUGGUCCGUCGUCAUCAUCGACUUCAACAUCACGCCUUACAAGAAGUACUGGCGUUGUACUCCGGCGAAGUACAAGAAAUAGCAAAGGUCCGGCCUCAACGACGGGGUCGUGUGCUAGCUCAGGGGGCAGUGGGGCGGCGGGGUCGUCAUCAAGGCGUACCGGAGGUGGAAAUAAAAUAAGCGUCAUGUCGACCACGCAGCCACAACAGCCCCAUCAAGAUGGAAAUUCAAUUCCUACGACAACAAAUACAUCCGUAGCCACUUCAAACAUACAAGACACAUUGGAACCUCCUUCACCACAAGAAGGUACACAAGCAUCUGCAAGUUCUGGUGUACCGUCAGGUCCUGGACCUGAUUCUGAAAGUGAUGACAGCGAAGUGGGUCGAUUACAAGCGCUUUUAGAGGCACGUGGCUUACCUCCACAUUUAUUCGGUGCUUUAGGACCAAGAAUGCAACAUCUUUUACAUCGUAGCAUGGGAGCAGGAAGUUCUAGUAAAGCUCAACAGCUUUUACAAGGACUUCAAGCCACUGGAGAUGAAGGGCAACAGCUACAAUCUGUAAUUGAAAUGUGUCAAAUGCUAGUUAUGGGCAACGAAGAUACUCUAACAGGUUUUCCUGUCAAACAAGUUGUUCCCGCAUUAAUAAAUUUAUUGAACAUGGAACACAAUUUCGAUAUGAUGAAUCAUGCUUGUCGUGCUUUGACUUACAUGAUGGAAGCACUUCCACGAUCUUCAGCGGUUGUAGUAGAUGCUGUUCCCAUAUUUCUGGAAAAGCUUCAAGUUAUUCAAUGUAUGGAUGUUGCCGAACAAUCAUUAACUGCAUUGGAUAUGUUAUCAAGGCGGCAUAGCAAAGCUAUAUUGCAAGCACGAGGAGUAUCAGCUUGUUUAAUGUUCCUUGAUUUCUUUUCAAUAAACGCACAACGAGCUGCAUUAUCUGUAACAGCAAAUUGUUGUCAAAAUUUAUCUGUGGAAGAAUUUGCAUUGGUAUCGGAUUCAAUUCCACUACUAGCAAACAGAUUAGUUCAACAAGAUCGUAGAUCGGUGGAAAGUGUCUGUUUGGCUUUUAGUAGACUUACCGAUAGCAUGCAAAAUGAUCCAGUGCGUUUAUUAGAAAUAGCAACAACCGAAUUGUUAACAAAUCUUCAACAAUUGUUGGUAGUAACUCCGCCUGUGAUAAGUACGGGAACAUUUAUAACAGUUUUACGCAUGUUGUCUGUAAUGUGCGCUAACUGUCCCGAUUUAGCGUUAACAUUAUUACGACAAAAUAUUGCUGAAACACUGUUGUACCUUCUAACUGGAAGUGCAGCUGGAAAUAAUGCAUCAACUGGAGAAGUUGAAUUAAUUCCACGAAGCCCUCAAGAAUUAUACGAAAUAACCUGUUUAAUUGGAGAAUUGAUGCCUCGUUUACCAACUGAUGGUAUUUUCACAGUCGAUUCAUUAUUAGAAAGAUCUAAUCAAGCAGUACAAGAUUCUGUUACCUGGCAAUGGAGAGAUGAUCGUGGUGUUUGGCAUCAAUAUUCAUCGGUCGAUUCCAGAAUUAUUGAAGCUGCACAUUUAGGUGGGGAAGAUGAAGUCAGUUUAACAACUUUAGGUAGAACAUAUACAAUUGAUUUUCAUGCAAUGCAACAAAUCAAUGAAGAUACUGGAACAUCACGGCCUGUACAAAGACGUUUUACUCCUUCCACGCAGAAUACUCCAUCACCCUGUGCCCAAACUCAACCUCAAGACAUUGAAGGCGCUCAAACACUUGCUUCUAGAACAUUAAGUGAAAAUGGUGAUGCAAGAGUGAACUGUUUACGAGAAGAAAGUGGUUUGGCAGCAUCUUUUAUUCGAUCACUAUUUUCAGUACUUUACGAAGUGUAUAGUUCUUCAGCAGGUCCUGCCGUUCGUUGUAAAUGUUUACGAGCACUUUUACGUAUGGUUUACUAUGCAAAUGCAGACCUUUUACGUGACGUAUUAAAAAAUCAAGUUGUUAGCAGUCAUAUUGCUGGAAUGAUGGCUUCAAAUGAUCUUCGUAUCGUUGUUGGUGCAUUACAAAUGGCUGAAAUUCUUAUGAAUAAACUUCCUGAUGAAUUCGGAGUACAUUUUCGACGGGAAGGUGUUAUGCAUCAAAUUACACAACUCGCAGAUCCUCAAGUACCAUUGGGGGUAAGUCCGCCGAAAGUAAAUAACAAUGCGUCUAACAUAUCUUCGUCGACAACUAUAAAUGAUUCGAAACAACCUCAACCAAGCACAUCUUCAGGAAAUAUAACAUUGAAUUCUACUCCGAUGUCGCAUAGAACAUCUUGUACUAGCAAUGGUACAGGAGGUCCUUCACGUGCUUCGACAACUUCAACAGCCUUAAUAUUUACAUCAACUCCUUCAGAUAAUCAUGUAGAUAUGACAGAAGUGCGUGCUUCAAGCCCUUCACAAGCUCGCUUGUCGGAUGUUUUGAAACGAAAACGACCUCCAAAACGCUCCAGCAACGGCAGUCGAUCAAAAUCAAGACAAGAUGAUCUUAAUUUAAGUUCAUCAUUAAUGCAAGACUUGUUUAGUAAAGCAACAUCGUUGGGAUCAUCAACGGGCCGCUCAACUCCCACUGGAUCAACAACAAAUAGAUCUAGAUUCACUGGAGCUUCUGCUAAGACAAGUUCAUUUUUAGCCAGUUUAAAUCCUGCAAGAUGGGGUCGUAGUGUAAAUAAUUCGAGCUUAGAACGUGGUUAUUCAAAAGAUAGUACAAAUACAAGUUGUUUAUCAAAAUCGUUAAGCCAACAUAAUUUAACGGCUGGGCAUAAAGAAAAGGCACGCACUUGGGUGCGAGAACAAGCAUCGAAAUUCUUAGAAACUUACAGUGGAGAUGAAAAUUCUGGUCCACCACAUCCAGCAUGUAAUAUUUUACAACGUUUGAAGAGUGCUAUUGAAAAAUUAUCCACGCCAUAUAGUUUACUUGCUUUACAAGAACUGCGCGACAUUUUGAUUGAGUCAGAUAUUUCGCCUUUCGAAGUGAAUCAUUCUGGAUUGAUUAAAGCGCUUCUUGCAUACUUAGCCGAACCGGAGGGGCAUAUUUUAAAUCGUGAUGAUCGUUUACGUACUUUUAUGCAUGUAUUCGCUGGCAUUCCUCUAGAGCAGUAUCCUACGGGAUAUUAUAAGGUGAAUUCAGCCUGGAUGGCCGCGUUAGUGAAUAAAUUAAGUGGAUGUGUGUCGCAAUUAGAACAAUUUCCAGUUCGUGUACAUGACUUACCAGCUGGAUCUGGCCGUGGAAGUACAAGUGCUUUGAAAUUUUUCAACACACAUCAACUGAAGUGCAACUUACAGCGACAUCCCGAUUGUAAUAACUUAAAACAGUGGAAAGGUGGAACUGUUAAAAUUGACCCGUUAGCGUUAGUACAAGCGAUCGAACGGUAUUUAGUAGUGCGCGGCUAUGGUCGAGUACGUGAUAAAGAUUCUGGGGACUCAGAUGAAGAUAACUCUGAUGAGGAUAUCGAUGAUACGUUAGCGGCUGUAGUUAUAUCACAGGGGGGUUCUAAACAUAAAUUACAAUUCUUAAUUGGUAAUCAUAUUUUGCCUUACAAUAUGACUGUAUAUCAGGCUGUGAAACAGUACAGUUUAUUUGGUAAUGAUCAAUCGGAAACGGAUACAGAUACAGAGACUCCGUUAGGUAAUGCGGGUGUUUGGGUACAAACACAUACAAUUUAUUAUAGACCAUUAGUUGAGGAGCCAUCGGGUAGUAAAUCGUCGUUGGGUUAUAGCAGUUCUGGAAGGAAAGGGAAAGGAACAAGUAGUAAAACAAAUCAUAGAAGAAAAGGGGAUGAAUUAUGGAAUGAUGGUAUAGUUCCACAAACAGUAUCCCCACUUCGUCCAUUUUUAAAUGUACGUUUACCAGAUUCAGUUACAAUCCAAGAUGCUUCGUUAGAAGUAUUAUGUUUAUUACGUAUAUUGAAUGCGUUAAACCGUCACUGGGCAUCGUUGUAUAUUGGCGUUGAACAAAGACAUAUACUUCCACAAGGUGAAUUUAUCAACAGUAAAUUAGCGGCAAAAGCUAGUCGGCAAUUACAAGAUCCGUUAGUAAUCAUGACUGGUAAUUUACCAUCAUGGUUAUCACAAAUUGCGGCAAUAUGUCCAUUUUUGUUCCCAUUCGAAACACGUCAACUAUUAUUCUAUGCCACAUCGUUCGAUCGAGACCGUGCACUUCAACGUUUAUUGGAUUCAACGCCAGAAUUAAGUGCAGCAGAUUCUUCUGAACGUGUCACACCUCGAUUAGAUAGACGAAAACGAACAAUAUCACGUGACGAUAUCUUACGACAAGCGGAACAAGUUAUACAAGAUUUAGCUGGUUCCAAAGCGUUAUUAGAAGUGCAAUAUGAAAAUGAAGUGGGUACUGGAUUGGGGCCAACAUUAGAAUUUUAUGCGUUGGUUUCACGUGAAUUACAACGAAACGAUUUAGAGUUGUGGAAACAUCAUGGAGAUGAUGCUAAUGGCGAGACUAGUGUAUAUGUACAGUGUCCGACAGGUUUAUUCCCUGUACCGUUAGGGCGACCAACUAAAGUAUCUCAUAUCAGCAAAGUUAAGGCUAAAUUUAGAUUUUUAGGUAAAUUUAUGGCCAAAGCUGUUAUGGAUUCACGAAUGUUGGAUCUACCGUUUUCGGUUGCGUUCCAUCGAUGGUUGUUGGGCCAAGAAAGUUGUCUUUCGUUAGAAGACCUUCAAAGUGUAGCUCCAGAAGUUCAUCGUACGCUAUCUCGAUUACAACCGUUGGUGUAUCAACGCGAUAUGAUCAUUGCAGAUGAAUCGUUGCCAUUAGCACAACGUACUGAACAGUGCGAAAGAUUAGGAUUAGAUGGAUGUACCGUUUCUGAUUUGGGAUUAGAUUUCGUUUUACCUGGUCAUGGAAAUGUGGAACUUCGAAGAGGUGGACGUGAAACAGCUGUGACUAUUCAUAAUUUAGAUGAAUAUUUGCGCUUAGUUAGUCAUUGGUUUUUAUUUGAAGGUGUCAGUCGACAAAUGGAUGCAUUAAGAGAAGGUUUUGAAUCCGUAUUUCCUUUACGUCAGCUACGAAUGUUUUAUCCUGAAGAAAUGGAAGCUGUAUUCUGUGGUAGUUCACAAAGCAGUGAAAAUAAAUGGGAUGUCCGAACACUAAUAGAAUGUUGUCGACCAGAUCAUGGAUAUACUUCAGAUUCUAGAGCAAUACGAUUCCUGUUUGAAGUUCUUAGUAGUUAUAAUCGUGAGGAACAACGAUUAUUUGUACAGUUUGUUACAGGAUCUCCACGAUUACCAGUUGGAGGUUUCCGUGCAUUAUCACCACCGUUAACUGUCGUACGAAAAACACUGGAACCAAACAUGAAUCCGGACGAUUAUUUACCAUCUGUGAUGACUUGUGUUAAUUACUUGAAAUUACCAGAAUAUUCAAGUGUUAAAGUAAUGCGAGAUAAACUACGUAUUGCAGCUAGUGAAGGGCAACAUUCAUUCCAUCUGUCUUAAACAUCAUUAGUGAGAGCUCUUGCUACAACAUCCUACUAUUAUACAAUAAAUAUUAUUAUACAAUAAUAAAUAAAAUAAAAAAGUACAGUGAUACACAAAAAUAAAAAGUAUAUAUAUAUAAAAAGUAAUGUUUAAAAACAAUCUAAUAUUUAAUAAAUUUAGUAUUCAACUGCUUUUGUGUUGGCGCAAAUAAAAAAUAUUUAUAAACACUGCCAAGUACAUAAUAUAAAACUGAUUAUAUUUCUUUUUCCUCGAAAGGAAAUAAUAUUUCAGAAGCACACACCAUCUCUCUUAAUCGAAAGCUUCAAAUUUUAUCCCCCUUAAAUAACAUAAAAAUAUUAUAUGUUAUAAUUUUUUUUUCAAACUUUAAAUCCACAGCAGCUUCUUUUAUUUUAUUUUAGCGAUUUUUUUUUUUUAAUAAACUGAAAUGAUAGCAAAAUAAGAUCGAAUUUGGACGUUAAAUACGCCAAUUUUAUAUAAAUAAUUGUGUUUGUGGUUUUGUGGGUGAUAUUUUCUGUGCGGAAAACCAAGUGUGAAAACUCAAUUUGUUAAUAUAAACAAAUUUUUUUUAAAUGUGCAAUUGACUUAACUCUGAUGUGAAAAUUUUGAAGAUGAAU